AUUAGACUCACUGAGCAUCAGCAAGCGCAGCUACUGUUUCACUGGACUCAACCUGGAUUAUGAUUUCUACGAUAAAUAAUACUCUUUAUAGGAUGCUUUUCUUUUAUGUGAUACAUUUUGGUCUCUUUCUUCUUGAAGGCUCCACCACCGCAUCCCUGUACCUCCUGGGAGGCAAAGAAGUACGCCUGGCACGCUUCAUGAUCCCUGGGGCCUAAAGUUCAAGAUAUCCAGCACAGAAGAAAGUUCUCCUCGAAGUCUGGAGGCAGGAAGAGGCCGAAUCCACUGGAACAGGACCCUAUAAAGGCAAGAGUUUUUGCGCCAGGAAAAACUGACCACUUCGCCACAACUAUAGACACACCAGAAGAAGAUGAAGAAAUGUAUUAUAAUUCUACGGUUUAUACAGUUAGUCCAGAGAGCACAGUUACUACAAAAGAUUGGAUUACUACUCAGGAGCCUUCAAUUGUAAUUCUGCGUACACUAACAAAAUCCUAUACUAUACUAAAAUCUGAGGGCCCUGCUAAGCUGAAAUAUAUUUUAUCAAAUACCACACCUGGGCCUACUAAAUAUUCUAUAUUCAGCUCGUUGUUGCCAAAUAAAGACUCAAAGAAGAAACAUCAUUCCGUGUCACCUGUCACAUCAGAUAAGACUUCCAUCACAUCAUCUCCUCUAAACGUACUUCACAGAUAUAUGGAUAUAACUACAACAGGAAGUGAAGUCGUGUAUACAUCAGCUACAUCAACUGUGGCCCCGGAUAUUUCAGAAAUAGCUAAAGCAAAUAGUCUUGAUCCAAUAGCUGCAACGGCUCCAACAAUAAUGCCCACAAAUGUAGCCACUACAUCAAAUGAGAAUACAUGUAUUGAAUCCAUAACUGUACCAACUACAAUACUUCUCUCCACAAUACCUAGUAAAGCUAUAUUACCGAUUACUCCAGAUAAUACCACAGUUACACCAUCAUCUACAGUAACUGCUACUAGUACGUUAUCUGUUUCUGAUUUCAUUACAUCAACUUCUACUGAGACUAAAAGCAAUGUCACUGCCAGCACCUCCACUAACAGCAACAUAAUCUCAACUUCUACAGGCACAAAAAUGAGAACAGCAGUUACCGCUGUACUGAAAUUUAAAAUAAAGAGCUCUGUUUCUAAGGAAGAAAACAUUAAAGAGAUUAUCAGAGUCCUCUCAGAUAUGUUCCAAACGCCUGUUUAGAUAUUAAACUAAACUGAAGACUGAAUAAAAAUUUAACUAACCUACGGCAUGAAGAUCAUCACCAACUCUGUCAACAGAAUAUCAGAUAUUUAUUUUUUUAGGACCUGCGUCCAGUCUCACCAAAUCCUCUAUUUCAAUGUCUAUCUUCAAAUUUCAGAUUCCUUUAGUUUUUAAUUAUUAUUAUGAUUAUUUGUAUAUUUAUUUAAUAAAAACCUUUGUUAAAAAAUCA